CCGCAGUCCGUUGCUUAUCAUCGCUUUUACCCGCCGGGUCUGUCACUCGCUAACCCUGACUACCCCAACCGAGCGGUACAAUUUAGAGGCCAAAUGACAUCUCAAAACAGAUACGAAAACGCAGAGCUUCAAGGUACCAGGCUGGCCACAUGGUCGACAUGGAAGAUGCCCCCCAGGGCCUCCCCCCGGGAGUAUACCGGUCCCAGAUCCCCUUCUGGCGACUCCUCACAGACCAAGCCGCCAUCACACAAGAAGUGCUGGAGUUCGAAUUUCCCGGAAGUGGCACUGAGGAUGACCCGUACGUGGUCUCAUGGAUUCCCAACGACAAUCGCAACCCGAUGCUCUUCAGCCUAGGCCGGAAAAUCGCCAUUACGCUGAUCGUGGCUUCAUGCACCCUUACCGUAUCCCUCACUUCGUCCGUGUAUAGCGGCAGCGUCAGCGAAAUUACCGCUUAUUUCUCCGUCAGCUCCGUAGUGGCCACCAUCGGACUCUCCCUCUUCGUACUCGGCUUCGCCGUCGGCCCCCUUCUCUGGGCCCCAUUCAGUGAGGUCUUUGGCCGCCAACUUCCGUUCUUCUUCAGCUGCAUGGGUAUGGCCGCCUUUUCCGCCGGCUGUGCGGGUGCCCAAAACAUCUGGACCUUGUGUAUCUUGCGUUUCUUCGCCGGUGCCUUUGGUUCAGCGCCCUUCACCAACGCUGGCGGCACCAUCUCCGACAUGUUCACGGCGCGCCAACGCGGUCUCGCGCUCAGUCUUUACGCCGCCGCUCCCUUCCUCGGGCCCGCCAUUGGGCCCAUCAUCGGUGGGUUUCUGGGCAUGCGUGCCGGCUGGCGAUGGGUGGAGGGCUUUCUCGCCGCGCUGGCCGGGUUCAUCUGGCUGCUCAUGACGGUGUCAAUCCCUGAGACAUACGCACCACGACUCCUGCGUCUGCGCGCGGAGAGACUCUCACUCCUAACGGGCCGAGUCUACCGGAGCAAGAUCGAGCUCGACAAGGGCAAGAUUUCCCUACCCAGACUGCUGAAAACAACCAUGUCUCGCCCAUGGGUCCUGCUUUUCCGCGAACCCAUUGUGCUCCUCUUCGCGCUGUACAUUGCUAUCGUGUACGGAACCUUGUACAUGUUCUUUGCGGCCUUCCCGAUCGUGUACGAAGACGUCCGCGGCUGGAACCCCGGCGUAGGCGGCCUUGCCUUCCUGGGUAUUAUGGUCGGAAUGAUCAUCGGCGUGGGGUUCACCAUCCCCGCCAACCUGCACUUCAUCAAGACUCAGGAAAAACACGGGGGAUUCGCACCCCCCGAGGCUCGACUGUUGCAAUGCAUGCCCGGUGCGAUCGCAAUUCCCAUCAGCCAGUUCUGGUUCGCGUGGACGGAUUCUCCCUCUAUCCACUGGAUUGUCAGCAUCAUUGCCACGGCACCGUUCGGAUUCGGGGUGAUAUUAAUCUACCUGGGAGUGAUGAAUUACCUCAUCGAUUCGUAUACGAUCUACGCGGCGUCGGUGUUGGCAGCAAACACGGUGCUCAGGUCGAUCUUUGGUGCCAUCUUUCCCAUUAUUGCCACGUAUAUGUAUGACGGGCUAGGGAUUCAUUGGGCGCCGUGUAUUCCUGCGUUUUUGUCGUUGUUGUGUAUGCCUGCCCCGUUUCUGUUUUAUCGGUAUGGGGCGGCGAUUCGCACGCGGUGCAAGUAUGCGGCGGAAUCGGAUCGAUAUAUGCAAAAGUUGCAGGAGAGUGCGGGGAGGAGGCAGGUGGUGGAGAAGGUGACCCCGGUGGAAAAGCCGGUGGAGCCGGCGGAGGAUUCUCAGGUGGGGAACACACGACCCGCUCCCCCCUCAGCGAAUGCGACUACAACAUGCACAAAUCCAACUCGACGUACUUCACCGACGUGGAUCUCUCCCACGCGAACCUGCGCGCCUUGCUCUUUGGAUCCCGCCUCUCGGGAGAUUAAACCGUAUCAGGGGUAUGAGGUCUGGUCCAGGGUUUUCUCGUGGGAUGGGAAGUGGAUGUAUUUGGUGUCGCAUUUUGUGGAGAGGGGGGUGUUUAGGCCUGAUGAAGAAAAAGGUAUUCGCGACGUGUGUAUCAAGGUAUGUGUUUAAGCAGGGGAGGAGGACAUAUCCGCCCGAGAGGAUUCUGAGGGAGUGUGGGCUAUUGGGGAAGAGGGCUGUGACGCCUGGUACGGAGGAGGUGGAUGUUGGUGAGAAGGGGGGCUUGGAUAUGGAUAUGGAGAUUGAGGAGAGGAGAUGCAGGGAUCUGGAAAAGGCGCAGUUGAAGUUGGGGUGGGAUGCCGUGCAUGAGGCGUUUGAGGGGAAUGUCAAGGUUGCGUUGGGAGUAUGAGUUGAUUUGGAAGAUGAGUGGAUUUGAGCAGUCAUUAUUCUCUAGAGUUAGAUUCAUUGUUCUCUAUGUAGGACUAAAGAUGGUAUGAUUAUCG